CAGGGCCUGUGGGACAGGCCUUUCUCCUCCCCGCCCCCGCUCACCCACCCUCAGAUUAGGGCCUAGGGGUCGGACUGCAGGGUGUAAAUGGCAUUAUGGCUGGGGCAGCAGUGUCUAAACAGAAACCCAAGGUCCUUUGCACUGGCCAGGUGGUGUCCCCAGUGCUGGCUUCUCGGGUGAGCAGGUGUCUUUCCCGCCCAAGUCCCAGUCUUACCUUUGACCGCCAAGCAGUAGUGACAGGCAUUCGCGAGGAGAUGGAAGGGAGGUGGGGACUGUUCAGCUCCCGAUUCCACCUGGAGGCGGCUUCAGGGAGCAGGAUGGAAGGUCAUGUGCCAUAUCUGACCUACUAUGCAGUGACCCUGCCCACUGUGGAGGUUCCCCCGAAGACCCUUCAGGUCCCUGAGGUGAGGAAGACGUUCACUCCUAACGCCUCAGCCAUCUUCCAGGCUCCGGCUCCCCGGGUCCUCAAUGUAUGACUCCCACCGAGCAGAGCCAGCGGGCUGGAAACGGGUGAGAUCUGGGACCGACAGUCCCCUGCUGUCAGAGGGGGACGGCUCCUGCCUUCUCACCCUGGGGUGCACUCCCCCCAGCUGCCACCGGGCUGCAGGCCUGGCGCAGAAGGACAUGGCACCACUCAGCCCAACUCUGGACCUCAGCCAUCCUCGGGAAGCGUGCGAAGGCUCCCCAUCUUUUAAUUGCCCGUUUGGGCCGCCCUUAUUUUUAAACCGCAAGAACUCGAGGAUGAAUUCUGUUGUGAACUGAACUGGCCCAGGGGCGCUGAGGCAUGUGGACAGCAGGUCCCUGAAAGAGCCAGUCAUGCCCGCUGUUUUCCUGGCUGCAUGGUAACUUACAGCCUGCGGUAACCAAGGUAACGUUCUUGGCUGUUCCUACAAAUGGUCCCACAUGUUCAAGCUGUAGAAGGAACCUUAGGUUAUCACCUGCAUGUGAUCCAUAAUUAGCAGCAAGAAGUUGCCAAAAGAAACAGAAUAUCAAUCACAGGGUUUCAAUUUUAAAGACAUAGUUUCUUUAUGGCCAAGAUGACCCUGGUGUUUUUUUCUGUUUUUUAUUUAUUUCAGAGAGGAAGGGAGAGGGAUAGAAAGAAACAUCAAUGA